AUGGACAAUUCGGGCGCUGGUCAAUUGCGAGUACCUGGCUAUGGCGGGAUACCGAUUGACUAUCAACUCAAACCUCAGCAUCGAUUCGCUCAUGGGUUUGAAGAGUUCCGUCAGACACCGGCCAUCACUGCCCGCGAAUUGGCAAUGACUGAAGCGAUGAACUUCAUUACGGAGAAGCAUAGAUGGUACGAGCGUAUCUUUGACGACUCUACCGCCACUGCAUGGGCGAGGGAAGUCAAAGUCCGGGACAAAUUAGUCGGAAAGAAAGCCUGGCGAUGGUGUUUAGCAGAACUGCGGGACAAAGCUACACAAUAUCGUCAAGAUCGUUUCGUUCAAGUCUUUGAUACUGGCAGCUGUGUGUGCAAAUCCAGAGAGCUCGUGCCACCUUCUGUUGCAGCAAAUCUUAAGUCCAGUCUGGCAUCAUCCUUUGCUGCUCGACCUCCGAAAAGAUCCCUCUUUACUGCCGUUGACCCAGACUUUUACCCCCUCGCAUACAAAAAGUCCCAUGUACUGGAAUCUGGAGGCCGCGUAAAGCUGUCCGAAUUCAGCUCGCGAGAUAUACAGUCCUCAGGGGACGCUAUUGAAAACGAGAAGCAAGGGGCCCACCAAGACGACGAUCUUGACCACAACGGCGAGGAAGUCUCCAACGAAUACGAUUCGGAGACUUCCGACGAGUUUUCUAGUAGCGAGGAUCGCCACCUACAAAACAAAAAUCUAUACUCAUUCAAGUACCAGAGAUUGCCCUGCGACCUCGAAUUUAUUGGUUCAGGCACUGAUGUGCGUAUCACUUCUUACAUCAACAAUGUACAUCCCAGCAACCGAUUGUUCUACGAAAGCGUCGAGAAGCUUGUGUCGUACAGCAUUCCCAUGUGGAACUCCUGCCUCGUGAAAGCCACAGAGUCGCGCUCGAAGGAUUCAGACGAGUUUGGAACGAGUCGCCACGGAAAUGGUGAUCAGACCCAAGAAGGUCGGAUACCCCUGCGGAUCAUUAGUUUUGGUGCAGUCUGGAAAAACGAUUUGAACCUUGCCGCAAUGUACAGAGAUAAAGAUUUCAUCGCAGGUGCAAAUGCUGUCAAGCUGGCCAAGCAGUCUUUGGAGAAUAAUUCACAGCAGCUUAUCGAUGUUGAUGAAAGAAGAUACACACCUGGAGUUGCGCUGCAUGAAUGGGGCUGGAUUGAUAAGGCUCCUCCAUUCGACGAUACCUCGGGUCUCCCGGACUAUGGGGACCCGGAAAAUGUAGGGUGGUCACAUCCGCAACCAGGUGAAUCGUUCUCAUAUGCCGAAUGGAAGGCUGGCAAGCACACAGACGAAGCCGUGGUCGAUAUGAUAAUGCAGUCCCCAGGCUAUGAUUAUGUUCGCAAGAGGCCCACUCACACAAGAUAUGAAGUAGAGCUCGAAAAAACGUUUCGGGCGAGCGGUCUUCAAGUGAUCGUCCAAGUACGAGGCGACCAUUUCUCGGAUUCUAUCCUUAGGGAAUCCGGUGAGCAUUGGCGAGUAGAAGGGGUUCUCAACGAGCAUAUUGUAGCGACGACGAUAUACGCCUACGAUGUGGAGAAUUGCUCUGGAAGCAUAGAUUUCCGUCAGGAGACUUCUAUAAAUGCCGGCGCCUAUCGGUACCAGGCCGGUCGAGGCCCUUCUUGGUGCCAACAGGAUGACUCAUCCAAAAUACGCUGGCGGAGACAUUGCCACUGUAACGAGGCACGAGCCAUGGCGGAGAUCUACGGAUUUGAUCCCCAAUGUCUCGAUCCAUGUCUGAACAACGGGUCAAAGGAGGGUUACCAGUACACAGGGGAGGUUGGUUUACGCCAAGGCACCAUUGUCACUUUCCCCAACGUUCUCGAGCAUCGCGUCGGGAUGAAGCGCGGCCAGGGGAAAGGAAUGGGUCAUUUUCGGUAUAUUGCAUUGCAUCUGGUCGAUCCGAACUACCGCAUCUGCUCGACGAAGAAUGUGCCCCCGCAACAAUAUCACUGGUGGGGUCAUGCCGCUACGGAUCUGCUCAAACGUAAAGGACUUCCGCAGGAACUGAUCGAUUCUAUCCUCGAUGCGAGUCGUUCGACGCUGAGUGAGGAGCAAGCCGAUGACCGCAGGGCAGAGAUUAUAAUUGAGUGUGAUAAAAUGAGUCGAGAGAGGGAAGCAAGGAUAAGAAGGAUUUGGUUUUGA